AAAAAUAAAUCAAAAAGCUAACAAAGAUAUCAUACGUAGGCGAAUCCAAUAAACGCUUUUUCUAAUCGUGUUUCAAAAAAAAAAUUCUCUAGAUAAGAUACUUCUGACUGUUUGCUGAUAUCUGUUGAACAUUAUCCCUACUAUCGUUUCAAAUUCCCUCUUAUUCCCUUGAUGAAUCAGUAGAAUUUUCACCUCUGGAUUCUUUUCACACAGCACUAAUAUUCACGUGCCUAGUCUCCAACUAGUUUCACCUUCAUUUAACUUCGAUUGCAUAGGGCUCAUGAUAAAUUAAACUAUGCUUGGUAACACAGGAUGGGAGUAUGAGAUUUAUUAGAGCCAUAAUAUUCAAAGAAUAACGAAUGUAAAUAAGUUUUCGUAAGGAAUUUAUCAUUAUUCCCUAAGAAUAUCAUAUUUGAACUGAAAGCGUAUCGAACGAAGCUGUCUCAACUAGUUUCACUUUCACUUAGUGAUAUGUUUACCGUUAUAGUGUGGUUGACGGGAAAAGAUUUUUGCUAGAUGUCAGCGGAGUUCCUCGUGAUUGUCUUCUCCUGCCUUGUAAAAUAGAAUGGAAACUUGAAUAAAUGGACUUUAGUGCAUCUAUAAUUAGAUGUACGAACGAAAAUGUCUUAGAAAAGUUUGGAUUUCGAUGAGGAGGACCUACUUGGAGGAAAUGUCUACUGAUCGUGAAAUUUUUUUGUUCAACUAACAUUUUCUUUUGGAACAAGUUUUAUCUUCGCUAUUAAACAUGCCUAAAAAAGUUCAGAAAGCUGGCAACAAAAAAGAUAAUGAAAAGAAAAAGCCUUCAAAGUUAACAAAAGUACUUAAUAAAAUAUUACAAAAUCCAGAAGUUAAAAACCAGGCUGACGGCACUCCAUUGACAAUCGGUCUGCUCAACCACUUAGAGAUACCGGUUGAAUCGGAUUAUCCUACAAAUGAGGAUCAAGAAAUAAUAGAAAAUGAUUUCUUAGGUGCGAAAAAUUACCCAAAUGAUAAUGUAUAUCCAUCUCUCCCUUCUACUUCUCGGGAACUCUUCCAUUCUGAUCAAAAGAAGUCAAAAGAAUCUCUCCCAAAUGUGCCUCAUGGGCACAUCCCCAAGCACUCGCCAAGCACUCGCAUUAAACAGGACUGCGCAACUAAAGAUAAAAAACGAAAAUCGAAAAAAUCAAAGGUUUUGAGCAAUGAAAUCAUCAAUAGCGAUUCUGAUGACUAUACAUUUAAAGAAAUCGAGGAAAAAAUACCAUCUAGGCCUCCCGUCUCCACUGAACAGCUGAACGAGUUGCAAUCCCACCAGCCCCCAAACGAUAGCGAUUCCAAUAAUUGCGAAGUUGAAGUAAAAGACCAAAUACUUUCGAAGCCUCCAGCCUCUACUGAGCAAUUAAAAGAAUUAUCGUUUUCGAAUUGUCCAUCACAAGAUUCGGAUGAAAGUGGACAACUGACUCAGAAGAUUCAGAUAUCCGAGAAGGACUCUAUUGUGGUAACAAAAGACCCGAAUUCUAACUCCGAUCAAAGUUCUAAUGUAGUAACAAAAAGUCCGAACUUUGAUGCCGGUGAAGGUUCUGAAAUGGUUACGGUAAGCACGAAUUCCGAUUCCAAAACAAGUUCGAAAGAAGUGACAGAAAGUCCGAAUUUGGAUUCCGAAAAUAAUUCAGAAGCGGUAACGGAAAUAACGAAUUCCGAUUCAAAAACAAAUUCUAAACUGAUAAUGGAAAGCCCGAAUUCCGAUUCCAACAAAAGUUCUCAAGAGGUAACGAAAAAUCUGAAUUCUGAUUUCGAUAAAAAUUCUAAAAUUGUAACAAAAAAACCGCAUCCCGAUUCCCAGACAUUCUUAAUUACUAAAGAAAAUUUACCACCGGAUUCUCAAGAGUUAUUGUUUCCGAAUUGCCCAUCACAAGAUUUGGAUGAAAGUGAACAACUGACUCAGAAGAUUCAGAUAUCCGAGAAAAGUUCUACUGGAGAAAAUUUACAGCUGGAUUCUCCAGAAAAUGUCCCUGAAGAAAUAUAUUACGAUGCUCCUGAAGAUGGGGCAACGACAACGGGCCAACCUUCAUCGCUGGGUAUAAUUGAAAAAUUUUACCAAAAAGGAAUCGAACCUCAUGUAUUAACUGUAAAAUCGAAGUGGCACAAUUUCUCUAAGAAAGGCCCGGCUCCUGAUCCUAAUAAAUUGAUUUGUUCUGAUAAGAGACAGUACAUUAAGAAAAAAGGUAAAGAUGGAAAUCUUUAUUACUCUGCCAAAUUCAUAUUAGAUGCCAGAGGUGAAGUGUCUUAUGAAAUUUUCGGAAAAAGAAAUUUAUUAAUAGCUGAUUGUGAUAAUUUUAUCGCUAGAAUUGAAAUAGCCCCAGGUGAAGAAUUGGAUUUCACUAAAUCUUUUAAGCACAAUAAAGCAACGCUUAUAGGGAGGGUUACAAUUGUUAAAGUCCUAGAAGAUGAACUUUUGGUUCAAAGAAACGAAGCUUACGACCUGUUUAAAAAAAUUUUAGAAGCCAGGAGUGAAAAAAUAUCAGAUUUUCAGGAUUUCGCUGAGGAUUUCCUACAGAUAUCUAUUACGUUAAAAACCUAUCAUUUUUAUAUUAAUAGACCGCAUCUUCUGCUACAAGAAAUAAUGAAAAACCAGUUUAUUUCCCGUGAAUUGAAAUGCAUAAUUGAGCAGCUCUUACAUUUCGAAAUGAGCUUGCAAAAAAGAAACAAAUUAUUCCCAACUUGCAAGUGUCCAACUUAUUUCACACUUUCUGACUUAUUUACAACUGUGCAAAACAUACGCAAAAAUAGUCUUAAAGUUCAUAAACAGAAUUUGAAAAAUAAAUGCUCUACUCAGAAUUCCUACCUUAUUUGUCAAAUUCUUGAAAUAUACAAACUUCCCGUUGAAAAACUGUUACGCGUCACUAAUGACGAUAUCAAAUUAUUCACAGAUUUGGUGACCUUAACGAAUGAGGGAAGUCAAACAACAGCUUCAAUUAUUCCAUUGAAGUUUAUCGAUUAUUUAUGGAGUCACUUUUAUUGCAAACUAUCAACAGAAAACUGCAUAUCACUAAUGGACUCAGGCUCUUUAACGCAUCCUAUCUACUUCUUUUUGGUGAAAAGCUUGAGAGAUUUAAUUGAAGACAUUACGAGCAAGUCGACAACAACUGCUAAAGAGCUCUUUAAAAAAGUGGGUAGAGAUUAUGUAAUAACAAAAAACAUAUCUUGGUCUUUAAACUGCUCUGCUAAUCUCUCUCUUGAAAAUCAAUACACUUUGGUUUAUGAGCUAAUGAAACAUUUUGAACCUGGCAACUACACACACAAGAAAAAAUUCAAGUACAAAUUUGCCUUGUUGGAAAACGUUGAUGAUUCAUGGUUCUUGUCUGCUUUAAAAAAUAUGGUUAUUAAAAACAGAAAUGACUUGUUUAAUAUGCCCGAAGAGCGACUUAUUUGGUUGUAUAUUGUUGAUGCCGGAAUAGCUCCCAUUCUACAGGGUGAAUCAAACGAACGUUUUAGAAAACUAUCUUUGGCAUUGCUAACAGGAUUUUUAAAAUUCGUCCAAAACGCAAGACAUCUUCGAUAUGAAUCCUUCCGCAUAGCAGCUCACAAUAUCGUAAAAUUUGCCGCCCAGAUAUUACCAUACUUUAAAGUAACAAAUACUGUAUCCCAAGAGCUCGACCACAGUAUUUUGGACAAACAAAUAGACUUUAUAGACGGUAUUCUUGCUUCUGAUGAAGGUGAUGUCAUUUCUAACCUCUUUUCAAAUUUAAUGGAAGUAUACAUCGAAUACUGGGAGCUUAGAGAAUCUAUCAUCGGAAAACUGCCUCUACGAGUACCAUGUGUUAUAUUCAAAGGCUUAAUGGACGAAAUAAUACUGAAAAUGUUAGAAAUAGUAGACAAUACCCUGUCCAAACAAGUGGAACUACAACUGAUUAUUCAGUAUUUUAGAUUGUUUAAUGAGUUUGUAAAGCACUUCAAGGGAAUAAAUUUCGCUUGGUUUAUUUCAAAAAAUAUUUACAUGGAAGAAAUGAAAGAAUGCGUCAAAGAAAUAAAGAAAUGUAUUCCUUUGUCUAAGACUGAAAUAAUUACGUAUGAAGUAUCAGAUACGAAAAAAUUUCGUGAUAUUUUGAAAGAAAAUGACAAGGUAGUGCCGAAGCACUUUUUGAUUGAAACAGUCUUGGAACUUCUAAAAAUAAUAAAUUCGUCUUUAAAUAAAGCCGAAUGGGUUGAUGAAUCUCGCCUGAAAGCUGCAGGAGAUUUAUUCUUAGCUAUCGGACAUACUUUUGCUCAUUUCGAAGAUCAAACAGACUACACAGACAUUGAGCUCUUUAAGCGGGACUGCACAACGCCAUUUAAAAGCGUUAUAGAUAAUAGCCUUACGUAUUCCGACUUUAAAACUAGACUGGAUAAUGUAGAAAACUAUUAUCUUUAUGCUAGAAAACAGAAUCAAAUUGGAAUUGAAACAGCUUUAGAUCUCUGUGCGAAAGAAGUACAAAAAGCUCGAGAAAGUGGUUUCAAAACGAGCAUCAACCAAAAAGUCUUAGAAGAAUGUUUCAACAGGUAUUCAGAAAAACUAAUACUGCUGCAAAAGCUAGACAUAUCUGCCAUUGUAGAAGAUCUAAGGGAGCAGUUGAAGAAAGUGGAUGUUUUGCCUUUUGAUCGAUGGACUCCUCACUUCAAGCAGACAAUUUUACCUGUUUUGCUUGCUAACUUAGCUGGUAUAUGGACGAUCCUGGAAUCAAAAGAUGUAGCAAAUAUCGAAAAAAGAAUUGAACCUCAUUGCAUUCAAAUUAUAUGCGUUCUCAGACUGAUUGGUGCUGAUUAUUUGCACAAUGGUGUCCCUAAACAUUUUGCUCAAGUUUUGACUGGUCAAGGAAAGUCUAUUAUUUUGGGUUUACUUUCUUCCCUGAUUGCUUUGACAGGUCACAAAGCAAAUAUAGUUUGUUACAGCAGCUAUUUAGCCGUACGUGAUCAAAAUGCUUUCAGUGCAUUUUUCGAAACAUUUGAGCCUUUAAUUCCUAACAAUAAUAUCAAUUAUUACACAUUUGAUAACAUGGCUGAGGAUGUAUUAACUCGUAAAAUUAAUGGGGUGAAGGUAUCUUUGAGAGACGUUGUCAAUGAUCUAAUUUUGAAUAAAUUGGAGACGAAAGAAAUUGAAAAGGUUGAGAACCCUGCCGAUUCUGUUUUGUUGAUUGAUGAGGCUGAUGUUUUCUUUUCCGAAAAUAUUUACGGCCAAACUUAUAACCCCUGCUCCACGAUAGGUAUGCCCGCUUUACGAGAAAUUCAACCGAAGUUGUGGGAAAUAGUUGAAAGCGGUAUUUAUGACAAAAACAUUGUUUUAGAGAGAAUAAGGGAGUUCAUCAAUGAACUGUUGAAAGAUGAAAAAUAUGAAGAUUUCAAAAACUUCAUAUCUUGUACGAGUGCUUUAUUCGAAGAGAAUUUAGACAAAAUGGUCACAACAGCAAUUACUGUUUCCAAAGAGAAAAACAAUCCUGACUCCUGGUUCGUACAAAAGUACAAGAUUGAUUAUAAAGGAUUCAUUUGCUACAGAGAGCGCCUUGGAUCCUACAGUAACAAAACAUAUAUCAGUUAUAAUAACGUGUUUAAUUAUUUUAGGCUAAAGAAAAGCAACUAUGAUGAUAAAAACUUUCAAAAUUUCGGAUAUUUUUUCGUCAUUUGGGGAUAUAUAUCUUAUGCUGACUUGCCAUUAGCGUAUAAAAAUAUUUUAGGAGUGAGUGGCACCUUGAUGGACCUGAAUGACCAUGAAAAACGCGCCAUAGAAAAGUAUGGAAUAGACACCAUAUCCGCCAUGUCAUCCUUUUUCGGGGAUCGCAAACUGAAAUUCGUUCCAAGUGAACAUUUGACUAUACAAGAUUCAGUUAGCAAUUGGCAUUCUAAAAUCUUUGAUCACAUUUCGAAGAUUGUGCAAGACAAUCGCGCUUGUCUCGUCUUCUUCGAUACCGACAGUGAAAUAAGAGAAUUUGAGAAUAAAUACCGAAAUAAUAUUAACCGUCUCUACACCCUGAUUGGAAAUGAAGAGCCAGAAACGAUAGAAUGGCGAAUCAAUGAAGCUGGUGUGGCACAAACAGUGACUCUAGCCUCCAGAGCUAUGGGUCGCGGAAUCGAUUACAAAUCGAACGAUCGUAGUGUAGAAGAUCUUGGUGGCAUUCAUGCCAUCCAGACGUUCUUCUCUUUGGACAGUAAGGAAGAGACACAAAUUCAAGGCCGGGUGGCACGUAAAGACAACAAUGGAAGUUACGAGCUUAUCCUUUGCAGGGAACAUUUAAAAGAAAUAGGGUGCAAUGAGAAAUCCGAUGGGACACCCAUUGCUACUUAUCAGGAGCUUUGUGAUGCUAGACUUGUGAAGGCUAAUGCGAAAGGAGCCACCAUUGCUGCAAAAAUUCAAGAAUCUGAAAAAGAGCAUAAUUUAACAAUGGCUUUUUUGAAAUCCCUCACUAAAUAUACGCCUGAGGAACGAGAAAUGUACUUUUCUAAGUAUCCAUUUGUAUUGCCAGAAUAACAUGUAUUUUUAUUUAUGUCAAACUAUCAAUUAAAAUUAAUGAAAUAUCCAAUAUCACAAAUAAAUUGUAAAGAGCAAUUUGGAA